CCUGGAAUGAAUCACAGGUUGAAAACUCCUCCCUGCUCGUCCUGCUCUCAAACACACAGAGCUGCACUCGGCCCUCUUAUUUCCUUGUUCCCUCCCCUUCAGAUCUACAGUUUUAAGGAGGGUGUAACCAACAUGGUGGUGAAGUGCAAGAGCUGACAGGCCCCAUUCACUGCACAAACACAUGUUGUUUAGAUCAGAGUUCAAACUAGAUUCACUUCUCAGGAAGUGAAACUCAGAGAGUCGUUGCUACUGAGAGGUGAAAUGGCGCAGAAAGGAAUUCAGCUGGACGAGGAAACAAUCUCUUGUUCCAUCUGUCUGGAUCUACUGAAGGAUCCGGGGACUAUUCCCUGUGGACACAGCUACUGCAUGAACUGUAUUCAAAACCACUGGGAUGGAGAGGAUGAGAAGAAGAUCUACAGCUGCCCUCAGUGUAGGCAGACCUUCACACCGAGGCCUGUCCUGAUGAAAAGCACCAUGUUAGCAGAUUUAGUGGAGGAACUGAAGAAGACUGGACUCCAAGCUGCUCCUGCUGAUCACUGCUAUGCUGGACCUGAAGAUGUGGCCUGUGAUGUCUGCACUGGUAGGAAACUGAAAGCCUUCAAGUCCUGUCUGGUGUGUCUGUUCUCUUACUGUGAGAAACACCUCCAGCUUCAUUACGAUGUGGCUCAAUUAAAGAAACACAAGCUGGUGGAGCCCUCCAAGAAGCUCCAGGAGAACAUCUGCUCUCGUCACGACGAGGUGAUGAAGAUUUUCUGUCGUACUGAUCAGCAGUGUAUCUGUUAUCUCUGCUUAAUGGAUGAACAUAAAGGCCACGACACCGUCUCAGCUGCAGCAGAAAGGACUGAGAGGCAGAGAGAGCUGGAGGUGAGUCGACUCAACAUCCAGCAGAGGAUCCAGGACAGAGAGAAAGAUGUGAAGCUGCUCCAACAGGAGGUGGAGGCUGUCAAUCGCUCUGCUGAUAAAGCAGUGAACGACAGUGAGAAGAUCUUCACCGAGCUGAUCCGUCUCAUGGAGAAAAGAAGCUCUGAUGUGAAGCAGCAGGUCAGAUCCCAGCAGAAAAGUGAAGUGAGUCGAGUCAAAGAGCUUCAGGAGAAGCUGGAGCAGGAGAUCACUGAGCUGAAGAGGAGAGACGCUGAGAUGAAGCUGCUGUCACACACAGAGGAUCUCAACCAGUUUUUACUCAACUACCACUCACUGUCACCACUCAGUGAAUCUACAUCCAGCAUCAAUAUCCGUCCUCUGAGCUACUUUGAGGACGUGACGGCGGCUGUGUCAGAAGUCAGAGAUAAACUACAGGACGUUCUGAGAGAGAAAUGGACAAACGUCUCACAGACAGUGACUGAAGUGGAUGUUUUACUGCCACAACCAGAGCCCAAGACCAGAGCUGGAUUCUUGAAAUAUUCACGUGAAAUCACACUGGAUCCAAACACAGCACACACAGAGCUGUUAUUAUCUGAGGGGAACAGAAAAGCAACAUUUAUGAUGCAACAUCAGUCUUAUCCUAGUCACCCAGACAGAUUCACUGAAUAUCUUCAGGUCCUGAGUAGAGAGAGUCUGACUGGACGUUGUUACUGGGAGGUGGAGUGGAGAGGGACAGGAGUUUAUGUAGCAGUCGCAUACAAGAGUAUCAGGAGAGCAGGGUUGUUGAAAGAAUGUUUGUUUGGAUGGAAUGACAAAUCUUGGGCGUUAGAUUGUGACCAAAACAGUUAUACAUUUUGGUACAACUAUGUCCAAACCCCCGUCUCAGGUCCUCGGUCCUCCAGAGUAGGAGUGUACCUGGAUCACAGUGCAGGUGUUCUGUCCUUCUACAGCGUCUCUGAAACCAUGACUCUCCUCCACAGAGUCCAGGCCACAUUCACUGAGCCUCUCUAUGCUGGACUUUUCCUUUUAGAUUAUGAUGUCACUGCUGAGUUCUGUAAACUGAAAUAGACAGAAGUCAUUUGAGGGACAGCGGGUUCAAUUCUGUGUUUUAACUCUUUUUAAACUCGUUUUGUCUCCAUGUUUGUUGAUCUCUCUCUUUUUUUCCAUAUGAUAAACAAAGUAAGCACAGUUUACAAACUCUUAAAGGAAUAGUUUGACAUUUUGGAAAAUGUGCUUAUUCACUUCCAUGUUGAGAGUUAGAUAAGAAGAGCCAGCAGACGGUUAUCUUAGCUUAGCAUAAAGACUGGAAACAGCUAGUCUGGCUCUGUCCGAAGGUAACGUCCCAGCACCUCAAUAUCUCAUCGAUGAACACAUUAUAAUGUAUCUAGUUUGUUAAAUCUGUACAAAAACCAAAGUGUAAAACCAUGAAGUUGUGGUUUUACAGGGGGUUAUGUACCGGACUGUGGGCAUAGUCAGUUCCUGGAGUUGGGUUGUCACUAAGUUGCCAGGCAACCAGCGGAGACUUCAGGAAGUUACUGCUCCUAGUCAAGAAAAAAAUCCUGUAAAAUCACAACUUGUUAUUUUUACACUUUGGUUAUUUGUACGGAUCAAACACACGAGACUUGUUAAAUAGUGAUCUUUAGAGGUGCUGGUUGGUGGAUUUUUUUAUUACCUUUGGGUCGAGCCAGGCCAGCUGAUAUGACAGAUAUGAGAGUGGUAACAGUCUUUUCAUCUAACUCUCAGCAAGAAAGCAAAUAAGACAAUCUUCCAAAAUGUUGUAAUGUUACUUUAAUGUCUCUCUAUUGUGAAAAGGAAAUGCUCUGUUUUUGUCAUGAGGACUUUCUAGUUGGUUGGUUGGCUCUCUGUUCCUGUCUCCAGCCCCAGGCUAUGUACUCUCCUCUCACUCCCCAAACCUGCCAUCCUCCAACCAUCCACUAGAUGCCCUCAGACGUCCACGCCCACCUACACACCUGUUCCCACUUUCCCUCAUCAGCCCUGCUGUUCAUAACCGGCCCUUUUUCACACACUCCUUGCUAGUUUGUCAAAGUUGCUGUAUGCCUCAUGCCUUUGAGUUCCAUCUGAUCUGUUUUGUUUUUUCUGGUUACCUGUUCUGGAUGUACCUGCCUGUUUAUCUGCUGCAAUAAAUCAUAUCAGUCUGCCUGCCUA